CAGUGCAGCUUUUCGGAGUUGCACCAUCUUCAGCGGCAGCAUCCUACCCUUCAGGUGAGUCUGGAGUAACCUGAUACUGGUGGUGGAGAGCCUGAACCCAGUGGCUUCACUGCGUCUCAAAACAGCACGACACAGAAACACUAGAAUGUUAAGUUAAAGGUGUGAUGAGUCGGGUGCUAUCACUUCAGGAUGGUGGAGGGAUAGCUGGCACAGUGAACGCACGAGUUGGCGGUGGUUCGGCAUUGCGUAAAUGCGCACUGGUGAGUGAGGGGAGGAGAGGGACGCGAAGAGGAGGCAGGAGGGGGACAAAUGUUGAGUCAGUGGAAGGUGGACGAUGGUAACACUUGGUUUCGCUGGAUUGUGCCACUAAGCAGGUACACAACAGGAGCGAUAUUUCCACCGCUGUCCUCUGCUGCUAACAUAACGUGUGCAAACAUUUACGCCGAGCUGCUCCGGCGACCUGCGACGCGCCGCUGACUGCGCCUGCCUUCCACCCCCCGGACAAAAAGGUUGGGCCCCGCCAGGUAUCCUCAUCUGCUCCAAAGCAACCAGGAAGAUGCAAAGCACCCAGUUCAGACGGCCCUGUGCCUGACAGCAAGUCAUAGAGCAACGCUCCAGGAUUUGGAGUUCUUGUUUAAUUAAGGGAAGAAAAUCUUUCUUAAAAUGCAAGGAAGUAUUGCAGUCAGUGCACUCCUGUAGAGUUUUCAUUUAAAGACUUUUGUUCAUUUAUUAAAGGAUUUUCUUUUUCACUGUAGGCUCUAUCAACAGGGUGCAAACAGAACUGUGGAGCUGCAGUUGAGGAGACUAGUAGACCUGAAUACUUGCCUUUUGUUUGAUGGUAUAAAAUCCUCUGGCAUAAAGGCUCUCCCUUGGAUUAUCAGGGCACUGGUGAAGGUCAAUGUUCCUAAACUCCCUCUUCCCAGGUCUUUGAUCCUGUGCCAUCUCCUCAUUCAUUCUUUGUUCUCUGUUUCAAUCCCCUCAUUUUUGACUUUGAGGUUUUUGUGGGAUUAAGUUUUAAGCCCUGGGACACGUUCUUCAACCAACUCCCUCCUCCCUCCUCCCCCGACCCCCCCGAGGAAUACACUCAAGCCCAAACUUUAGCCAAAAUAACCUCCUGGCAAGAUGCAGUGAAAGAGGGCCGAAGAGAAAGGAAUAGAGGGGAUUGAAGGGCAGAUGGCUUCGCUGCUUGAAAACACCAACAGUCGGAUGAAUAAAACAUUUGGAUAGAGAGGGAGUCGUGACAUCUGGCUGAGGAGUGAGUUAGACACACUCCUCAUUCCCUCUUUCUUUCACUAACAUCCCUAUCCUCUUCAGCCCCCCCUCUAUCGAUCCACCUUUCACAUUUUCUUGUCUGUGUCCCUCUGUGGACACAGGAGUUCAGGUGGUCACUCAAACAGACAGAAACAAGCUUGUGUCUCUGCCUCUGCUCUCGCUCAUUUUUGUUCCACCUUUGCCCCCCCCCCCCCACCUUCACACCACCUUCUCCCUCUACCCUCUCCUGCUCCUUCUCUUCCCUCCUCCCCGGCGCGGUGUGUGAUGGUGUGUCCCCUCCUGUUGGUCCUGGAGACAUGCCUGUGCAGGAGAUGGCGGUGAGUCCUGUGAAGUCCCUGUACUGGGAGCAGUUCCCCCCCAUGUCACAGCGCCGUGUCUACUGCACUCCUGUCUACCACGAUGGCCUGCUCUAUGUGCUGGGGGGCUGCAGUGAGACUGGCAUGCCCCUGGACAGCGUCGAGGUCCUGGAUGUAGAGAGCCAGACGUGGAGCCAACUUCCCCCGCUGCCCACUGCGCGGGCGGGGGCCUCAGCUGUGGCGUUGGGGGGCCAGGUGAUGGUGCUUGGGGGCAUGAAUCAGCAGCAGACCCCGCUGGCCUCCGUGGAGAUGUACCACCCUGACGAGGGCAAAUGGGAGAUAAGGGCCAGCCUGGGUCAGCCGUCCAUGGGAGUCACCACUUUGGAGAAAGAUGGAAAGGUGUAUGCAUUGGGAGGUAUGGGAGCUGACACAACGGCACAGGCCCUGGUGAGGGUUUAUGAGGCAGAGAAAGACCAAUGGCAGCCGAUGACCUCCAUGCCCACGCCGCGGUACGGAGCCACGCCCUUUGUAAGAGGAAACAAAAUCUACAUGAUGGGUGGUCGUCAGGGAAAGAUGCCGGUGACGGCGCUGGAGGCUUUUGAUCUGGAGGUGAAGAGCUGGACACGCUAUCCGUGCAUCCCAAGCCGGAGGGCCUUUUCCUGCUGUGCAACAAACGAGCGAAGCCUGUUCAGCCUGGGGGGUCUCCAGCAACCAGGGCCACAUAACUUCUACUCCAGACCUCACUUUGUCAGCACCAUGGAGGAGUAUGAUCUCGAUCAAGGUAUUUGGAUCAAACCCAGACGAACAUCCAGGAUGAGGGAGAAGAGGGCUGACUUUGUGGCAGGAUGUCUGGGAGGAAGGGUAAUCGCAGCUGGUGGUCUAGGUAAUGAACCAUCGCCGUUGGGCACGGUGGAGAGCUACAACCCGGUGAAGCAGCGCUGGGAGUAUGUGGCACCCAUGCCCACUGCACGCUGCUCCUCUGCUCUCCUGCAGACAGCCAGCAUGCUCUUUGUCAUUGGCGGAGUUGCCCAGGGACCCAGUAAUUCUGUGGAAGCUCUCUGCUUACCAGAAACUGUGUGACACAUGCAGACACACUAACACACACAGAGGAAUAAAUACAACCCAGGGUUGAUAUUUUAUUCAUGUAUGUGUAUAGACAGACGAAAACACAUGAAUUGGAUCCACAGAUCGCACUUAGAUACUUUUCUACCUUCAUGUCCAACUGAUGGAUUCCUCUUGAACACUGGGAUGUAAAAAACUCUUUUUCACAUUCAACAAGCAUUUUCAAAUGGGGGCUGCAGAAACAAUUUGUGACAGAGCUGGACGAAUUUGAGAGGACAUUCAAGCCGACUGCUGUGACUGGCAAGGACAGAAAUCUGACAGCUUUUCUACACUGGGGAAAUCAGAGUAGGACAAAAAAAGAGCAAAAAACAGACACGCACAUAGUGUCUGAAGAAACAACGCGCCUUUGAACUGUUGAGUAUUUUUCAGAAUAAAAGCAGGGUACUUUUAUGGAUAUUAAAGGAACAUAGGGCCAUAUCUGUUCUCUGCAGCAGCUUUGCUCUCCCCUGCUGCUGCGACAGCAAGCUCUACACUUUUCUAUGACCUUAGAAACAACACUUAGUUGAGACAGUGACAUUCUGGGAAUGUGAAUGUCUGUUUUGGUUCUUCUCUUUUUGUUGUAGUGUUGUACAUGUAUGAAAGUUAGCACUGCUAGCAACUGCUAUCACAGUGUCAACAACAGUGGCCCUUAACAUGCGCUCACACUGCAAGCAACUCAAGCAACUGCUAGUCAGAAGCCCAUCCAUUUUUAACGACCAGUGAAAUGUUGGCAGAUGUUGACCACAGUCACUGUGUUUCCUUUAUUUGUAGUUACAGAAAAGAUGACUGUGGUUGAACUUGUCAGCACCUGGCUUUGCUACGUAUCCAUCCACCUUUGCUACAACAUUAGCAACACAGAUGAAUCACCAAGCUCAAUCACUCCUUUGUUCUAUAGUACAGGGCUGUAGUUGCUUGUGGACUGAAUGCAGAUUUACUCAUUCCUGCCGCACUGAAGCAUCCAGACUGAUAAAACAUAAUUUGACUGUCAGCUUCCUGACAUAUUAUAUUCCCCCUGCAUUUUAUGAUUAAUAGCAGUACAUUGUUUUCUUUUCCUUAACCUAAUACCAGCCAGAAGAUGAAUAAAAUGGGAAGAGCAUCUGAAGGUGAUGAUACCUGGGCAACAUUUUGAAGCAACUUUGUUAGGUUUUAGCAAGGAUGAUCAUUUUUGAAAUAGGAUGAAAUCAUACCGUAUGUAUGGAUUGCAGAUUAUGGUAACAUUGAUUCACUUUUCCCAGGAAUAUAAUUUUUGGUAGAGUAGCAAAAGGGAUUUUCCUGUUUUGGUCUAACCCCUUUGAAGUGUUUGGUAUCGUUAUCAUAGUUGCUGUCUAUUUACAUAGAUGACAAGAGUUGUCUAUUUAAAGGAAUUCUUAACCAAAAAUCUGUAUUUUGAGUAUACAAUAGUAAAUACCUGUAGGCUCAAAGGUUUGUAACUUGCUGCUGUACUUUGCUCAGGAAUGGAGCUGUACUGGGUGGUGGUUAGCUCAGUUUGUAGAGCGGGUGCCCCAUGUUUAAGACUAAGUUCUUACUGAAGGUUUGAAUCUGGCCUGAGGCCCUUAAUCCCUUUCCCUCAUUUCCAGACUCUAUCCACUGUCCAAUCAAAAAAAGGCUAAAAUGCUUUACAGGAGACCUAUUAUGCUUUUCUGCCAGACGGAGUCAGUGGCUGUUUCUCAAUACCGAGUUCGCCAAGUUUGGACUUCUGUACUUUAAAGCUUGGACUUGGCAAGUUCGGCUUGGGAGUACAAACUUCCAGGAGCGGGAGCACGCAGUCAGUCAUUCAGCAAUUGGAACAGCAGCGGACUUGAUGACGGCCAGACCCGUUAGCGGGCGGGACCUCACAUCUCCGAUAACAUCCUAGCAAUUUUUUAAAUGCUCUGUCUUGAGAAAUCAACCACAUAUGUGUAGAUUAAACAACUAUAUUCCCGCAUUAAAAACUCUUAAAACUACUAUAUGUGACACAAGAACAGCAGUAUUAUAUGUUACAGUUCUGAGUUUUCUCGUCCGACAUUUCCGCUUUUUGGCAGGGAAAUGCAUCCUGGGAUAUCUGGCUACCCAAAGUCCACACAAGUCACCACCGAUGCAGGCUCGGUAAAACGGGCGGCGCAAGAACACAUCCGGGUAUUUGACUGUACUUGGCUUGAUGCGGACUUUUGAAUUGGAACAGUACUUUGGCUGUGACUGAUGACGUUUCACGUUUCAAGAACAGAGUAGUAGAAGUACAGAAAAGAACACAGAUUGAGAAACAGCCAGUGUUCCGUAUGGUCAUGUGCUCCCAUACUAAGGGCAGGGCCUGUUCCGCCCAGCAACAACAACAGCCUGGUUCAGGUCUUGGCCAAUCAGAAGACAGUGGGCUUUGAGAGGGGGGCCUUAAAGAGACAGGAGAAUCUACAGCUUGUUUCAGACAAAGGCUGAAAUGAAGCCCUACAUGAAGAAUCAGUAUAAGAAAAAAUCAUGCAAAAGCUGCCAAACAGGAGUCACAUAUAGUACUGGCAGAAAAGCAGUAUAAUAGGUCUCCUUUAAAGAAAGGAAUGGAGCUGUAGUUGGCUUGCAAAGAAAACAAUAUAAGAUUUCCAUAUAAACCUCUAAUUCAAUCCUGCAGCAUAGUCCACUUUUCCACUACUGGUGUGCAUGUUGAGGAUGUUCCAAACAAGUACAGGCACAGUAUAGGACUGGCUCUAACUGAGGUCUGAUGCUUUCAUGACAGUGCUUCAUUGAUUCGUAUGCAAAAGGUGUCAUUGUCUAGCUUUUUUUUUUGCCUUCUUUUUCCAAGAUAUGGUCGAACACUGUUCCUGGGGCAAUUGUAAUAAUUAUAAUCACUACCAGGUGAGGUUGAAAGGAGAAGUAUGAUUUUUCCAAAACCUGAAACAAAUCCAGAAAAAUGUAGGCUGUUGACAUUGUUCCAAAUGUAAUGUUAGUUAGCUAACGCAAGCUAACUUCCUACUGAAUGUAACGUUAUAAAUCCCUGCUUUUUGAUGAUUGUAUUAGUGAAUAGAGACCUACCGAGCUGUACAGGAACAGAGUUGAUCCUUAAUAUCGUUGUCCUUUGUCUCAAUUGUCAGGUGAUGCAGUGGUUCACUUUUACUCUGUGAUUGGUAGUCUUUAGCUUCUGCUUUAGCUUUCACGUCAGUUUGACAGCCUGAAAAUAACCUUCAAAUGCACAAUGCAAACCUUUCUGUCUCCUUUCUGAGAUUGCUGUUUUUGUUGUUCCAAAAAUUUUACAAUAUUUCUUCAGGGAAAGCAGUUAUAAACAGUCAUUACAAUAAUACAAUUUCAAGUUUCUUUUAAUUCACCAGAGUUUAUUUGACGACUAGGUGAUUAAAGGUAAGGCGUGCUACAAAAUUCAAUACAUUCAAUACAAGAAUUCCGUGAGACACACAGUAGUAAAGAAACUUGAAAAUUAAUUAAAUUGGUUUGUCAGAUAUGAUUGGAUAAUUCUGAGUAAGGGUCUCUUUUACCACUGUAUUAGACAAAAGGUUGGGAUACAAACCUGUACUUUUAUUGCACGGUUUCAUUACUUAAAGAUGACAAUCAUCUGCUACAUCCAAAUUAUUUGAAAUAACUGAAUAAUUAUUGAAGGUACAUGGGAAGUAGAAUGCUAACGAUUUUAACCACUAUCUUCCAAUACAGGGAACUCUCUUUGAGAGACUUAUAUUCAUAUUCAUACAUACAGAGAGGAGAUAGAGAAAAUACUGUUAAGUACUGCACAGGAAGAAAGCGCUAUCUCUAGCCCCAAAAUAUUGUGUCUCACACAAAGACACACGUGCGCGCACACAUACACACACACACACACACACACACACACACUCACAUCCUUUGCACUGCCUUGCCCCAUUUCAUAUAUUUUUCUGGUCUGCACCCUGGCAGACCUUGUUAACAGAGCUAGACAUCUAUUGCUGUGGGAGAGCACUGAAACUCCAUGAGCUCAGAUGAGAUGCCAGUUGUCAGUUGGUUAUUUCUGGUGCUGCAUUGUGUGCACCUAAUUGAGUGUGUUAGGUACAAGCCAUACACUCAUCACAUAAAAUGUACGCAUGCACACACAAACACAGACACUCCUGCUUGUAUGCAGAGCCAAGUUCAGAGUGCAUGCCUGCAAGAGUGCAGUCUCAGUCUCAUUCGCUCACUCACACAGUUCUAUAUGGCAACAAUCACAAAAGCUUGGAGAGAAUACAGAGAUCAUUAAACAGCUUUGCCCUCUACUCCAUCCAACACUGAUUAGCCUACUUGAAUCAACUGCAGUUUGUGAGAGUGUGUGUGUGUGUGAGAGAGCGUGUAAAUUUUUGUCGUAGAUGUAUUUGUAUUAGAGGAUACGGUUUGGCAAUGUGAGGUUUGCAUGUAACUUGCUCAUGCAGCACAUACACCUAAAAAGUAAAAAGGUUAUAAUAAGAAGUAAUAAUUGGCCAUGUGUUGCCAUUUAGUUUUUUUACAGAUACCUCUCUUCCAGUUGACUAUUUGGGGUUAAUUGGCAACAAGGCUGACCUUACCCCACUGGAUCUUAAAGCAGAUUUUUUUUGCCACUUGAGGGCAGCAGCUGCAAACACAACACUGCUGCUCCACAACAGGAGCAACUUUAGCAUUCUUUUGGAGUUGUUUUCUGGCCACUUUGUGGUCUCUACUAGCUCCUGAUGAAAAUAUCUGGCUUAUUAGCUACGAAAAUUCUCCACUAUAUUCACCAGCUUACUGUGUCUGUCUGCUGUAUGGUGUUGGACAGGUACUUGAAAGUAAAAUAGUAAAGAUGCAGGUCAUAAAAGUCAAAACAAUGAUCUGAAAGAUGAUAAAAUGCUGUACAGAGCUUAGGGAACUGCAGAGUUGAGUCAGGUGUGACACUACAACCGAACCCUGUUACAUUUUGCAUAGUAAUUUGACCUAUUGUUAUAUAUAUUGAUAUAUAAAAUAAAAUAUUAGUGCAGGUUUAAAGCUGCAUUAAUUGCUUUUUUGUCCACCUGUCUCAACAACAAGCUGAAAGCACAUAUUAUCGCCUAAUAACGUUAUUGCAAAUGUGCUAGCAAAUAGUUGCCUAUUUACACAGCAGACACGAGCUAGCUCUCUCUUUUGGUUGUCUGGUUUGUUAUUUUGUAACGUUUCUCUCUCACUGUCUCUCUAACCCUGUCAGUGUCAUUCAUAAAUCUAUCAUUUCUAUUUUGAUAAGAAAGACGUCUCAUAAAUCAGUUUUUUAGGCUCCUGAUGUGAAGUACUCACUGGAGUGAAAUCCCUCUGCUGCGUCUGACAGCAGGUUGAGAAAUGCAGAACAAAAAGAGCAGGAUGCUUCAGUACAGGUAGCAGCUAAUUACAUGCUACUUUUUAAACAGGCCAUAAGUGGAUGAUGCACAAGCAUUUCGAAAUGUGGAUGUAAAGCCAAAUGUAUUCUGGACUGUCCCAUGACAAGAGUAUUAAUGUGGUUUUCAUUAGCAUGAGUUUCUAAGUAAAUAUUUUCAAACUGAGUAAUGAAAAAUCUGCAGAACCUGAGGCAGGGCACUUUUAUAAGCAAUAAGCGCCCUAAAAUGAUUACACAAUUUUUUAAUACCCUACACUAUAGAGCAAUGUUGACUGGCAGCAAAUGCACAAGUACAAGACUCAUUUUCAGGCACGUUUUUAUUAUCUUCAGUGAACAGACUUGCAUUGCCCCAAAAAGUUGCCUUGUGUAUCAUUACCUCUGAAACGUGUAUAUACAGUAUGUACCAUAUUGUCCAAGACACAUUCAGGGCCCUGUUUUUGUGCAUGGCGUGUUCUGUGCCUUGACUCACUAAAAUAAGGCCCACAGACUCAGGUUCUGACAAAAUAAUAGGAUGCAUUCAGCACAGUGCAAAGAUGGGGGAUGAAUAAACUGAAAUUACAGUUUUUUUCUGUUUUCUGAAUCCAAUGCAGAACUGUCUUAAUUUUGACAAUGAAAAGCCUCUGUACUUUAUUCAUUUCUUUAUUUAUUAUUUUGUGCGGGCUAACUUUAACACAGUUUCCUGGGCGACAGGGAACAGUGUCAAACCCCGCAGGUAGCAUAAAUGUGUUUCCCUACAUUAGCAUACCAAUGUGGUCUUGUUGUUUUUUGUUUUCUAUUUGUUCCUGUAUUUGAAAAAAACUAACCCCAUUGAUUAUUUAUCAGGAUUAGAUAUAAUAGUAUAUUUUUGUGUUUAUUGUUCAUGUUUGUUCAUUAUUUUGUCCAGUUGUUUGUGUUGUGGAGUUGGGUUGUGAGGUGACAGAUGUGUCGUGGUGUUAUUCAGAUCUGAGCUGGGUUCCCCAAAGUGUUUGUUGCUAGUUAUAUGUAUCUUGUAAAGCUUAGCAGCAAUUAUUUUUUUAAUAGAAGUAUAUACAUACUCUGUUUUUUCUGUUUUUUUUUCACCAUGUUGGUCAGAUGAGAUACAUAAGAGUUUAUUUAAUACUGAGAAAGAGGAUAUACUGUAAAACUUCAGUUAAUAGCCGAGUCCCAAAUAGCUGCCUACCCCAUUUACUGGCCUGGUGUGGGAACACAUUUUGAUAAAUAAAAGCAGGCCUCGAUUAAACACCUGA